AUGACAAAAUUUUGUUGUGCUAUAGUGGAGAUAUUCGUAGAGCGGUAUCUACUAACACCUAACGCUAAUGAUAUUGCUAGGCUACUCUAUAUUGGGAAAAAACGUGAUUUUCCAGGAAUGUUAGGAAGUCUUGAUUGUAUGCAUUGGAAAUGGAAAAAUUAUCCAACGACAUGGUCUGGGCAAUACGUAGGACGUAGUGGGUCACCAACUAUUAUAUUUGAAGCUAUAGCAGAUUAUGAUGUUUGGAUAUGGCACACAUAUUUUGGUAUGUCAGGCACCAAUAAUGAUAUUAAUGUGCUGGAGUCAUCUAAUCUUUUCUCUAAUCUAGCUCAAGGUAUUGCUCCUCUCACUCACUAUGUUAUUCAAGGAAAAGAGUAUAAUAUGGAAAAGAUAUUUUGCCAUGAAACAGGAAGCAUGUAG